AUGCGCACUCGUCCUCAUAGCACUCGUCCUCCGCGCCGUACAAGACCAGCAGCCGCCCAACUAUGCGGCAACCUACCUGAUUUCGUACCGGCGAUCCUCCUUGACGUGUACACCGGCCUUCCUCCAGCCACUAUCAACGCGACUGAGGCAUGGUAUCCUCUAACGCGGGUGGUGUGUGCGAUAAGCUACGAGUGGACGGAGUCGGAGACACCGAGUUUUCUUCGAUCGGUGACGUGGUGGACGGAGAAUAUCGGGGGCAUUGGUGCUGGCGGGGAAGAAGCUGACGACGUGCAGUACGUGGUCAUCGAGAGUACAGGUAUCAGCGAACCCAUGCAAGUGGCCGAGACGUUCACGGCAGAGUUCAGUUCCGCGAUGUUGGAGGCGGAUGUAGUAGAUGACGAGGGGAAGGAGAUAUUGAAUCAGAUAGUCAAAUUAGGGGGUUUACACACCCUGGCAAAACUCGACACAACAGUCACCGUAAUCGACGCCUUCAACCUCCUCACCAACUUCGACACGGCGGAGUUUCUCUCCGAUCGAUACGGCGGCACAAUCAUCCCUGAAGACGAACGCACCAUCUCUGACCUGAUGGUCGAUCAGAUCGAGUUCGCCGACGUGAUUAUUAUCAAUAAGAUCGAGACGGUGGAUGCGACGACGCGCGAUCGGAUCCGCACGUUGUUGAAGACGCUGAAUCCCACAGCCAAGAUGCUCGAGACGAAUUAUUCACGCGUCGACGUGCAUGAGAUCCUGGAUACUGGGAGGUUUAAUUUCCUUAAGGCGGCGUCGGGAGCCGGUUGGUUGCGUAGUCUGCAUGAAAUGACCAAGAGGGAGACGGCCGUGGGGGAGAGAAUGGCGCCGGUGCCGGAAACGAUCGAAUACGGGAUUAAUAGUUUUGUGUAUACGGCGCGUAGGCCGUUUCAUCCUCGUCGAUUGUUUGGGUUACUUCAUGAUAAGUUUAUUCUUCUGCAGAAUUCUGAGGAAGAACAAGAAGGAGAGGAAGAUAAAGACGAAGAAGGAGAGAGUGAGAAUGACACGUCGGAAGAAGAGGGAGAGGAUGACGAAGAAGAGUACAUUCAGAAAGACCCCCAAAUAAUCCUCCAAAACAAACGGUCCCAUCCCAUCCUCCACCCCGUCCUGCGCUCGAAAGGCUUCUUUUGGCUCGCCACUCGACCGGAUCAAUUCGGCGAAUGGAGUCAAGCCGGGGGCAUGUUGACAGUGGGAUGUGGCGGGCCGUGGUUCGCAGAGGUACCGGACGAGGCGUGGCCGGAGGAUAUGGACGUGCGACGGUCCAUCGAGGCGGAUUUCCAGGGCCGUUGGGGCGAUCGACGCCAGGAGAUUGUGUUUAUUGGGGAAGCCAUCGAUGCGAUGGCCAUUACGGGGAUGCUGGAUGAGUGUCUCCUGCAGGAUGCGGAGAUGAAACUAUGGGAGGAGAUGAUGGAGGCAGUCCCUCGAGGGAAGAGAUCGCUGGCGAUGAUGGAGGUUUGGGAGGAUGGAUGGGAGGGAUGGCCGGAGGAGGAGGAGGAAGAUAUACCGGAAGGAAAGCACCGGAUCAGUGAGCAUCUAGGACAUGGACAUGGACAUGGGCAUAAACAUCAUUCAUAA